CUUAACAAUAAAGACUGGAAUGAAUUUGUUCUAACUCGUCUUACCCCUGAAUUUCUGGCUUUGAGUGAAGCGCAAGUCGCCAGAGCCAGGAUGAAUCUAUCUCAUCAUCGUUCAUCUCGUAGAGGCAUGCCCAACGUCGAACAAGAUUUGAAAAAAGAACUCGGUGUUGACAAUGUUGAGAGAUACCAACUCUGGAUGAGAGCACGGACAAAGAACAAUAUUUUGAUCGCAGAAUAUGACAAGGAAAUUGAGCAGAAAAUAAAUGAAUUAAAAGAGAAAGUUAGUACUGGUGAAAUCGAAGCUAAGGGUCGGAAUGAUAUCUUAACGCAAGCUUUAGGCACACCUGAGCACCCAGGUCGUGUUAGAGCUGCUGGGUCAUUUGCCAAGAUUUCUACCGUGUUUGGUAGAACUCAAAGAAAGAAAAGAGUUGAGGUCAAUGUCGAUAGUGAACAUGUCGCUGAAAUCAAAAGAUUAAAAGCUGAAAUUGAAAGGCUAAAAGCAGAAAAAAAUGCACAAACAGAAGAGCUUCAAGCCUUAGACAAUGAAUAUAGAAAUGAACAAAUGGCAUGAAGACCAAGAACCGACCGACAUCUAUGAAGAACAAGAACAACCCUUGGCAAAUGAAGACCAAGAACCGACCGACAUCUAUGAAGAACAAGAACAACCCUUGGAAAAUGAAGACCAAGAACCGAGUGGCAACUAUGAACACCAAGAACCGAGUGGCAACUAUGAACACCAAGAACCAAUGGACUAUGAGGAUGUAAGUCAAAGUGUAAAAUUAUGUUCGGAUAACAUUGACAAUGUUGUGGCUGAGGGUGUCAUAAUUGAGGCAGUUGGUUACUUUUCAUAUCAUGGUGACAUAAUUACAAAUGAUUAUGCACGGGUUCAAAUCACACAAGUUAUUCAAGGGGAAGCUGAAAUCCCAUAUCCAAGAGGUGCAAUACGCUAUGUUUGUGAUGCAUGUAACAAAUUGGUUCCUUGGCCUAGGGAAUUGAUUUUGACUGAAGAGGGUUCUCUAAUUAAGAAGCUUCAUAGUUCAAACAACUCGAAGGGGAAAGAGAAAUGUAAAGGAAAAGAGAAGAUAGUGGAACAUCUUGAUUCCACUAAAUCUUAUGAGAAAUUCAUUGCAGAGGUACUUGACAAGACUCAUAUUUCUCUUCAGGCCAUGUUCUUGGAAUAUAUGAGAGUAAAAGGUAAAAAUGAGUUUGUGAGGGUUCCUGUUAACCCAUCCUUAUUCUACCGAGUUCACAUCUACAUAACUUCCGAAGAUGUCAUACAAGUGGCCACCCAAGAUGAACUUACGGGUUCAGCUAUGCUAUUUGGACUAAGAUGCAUUUGGGAAAAUUUAAAUCAAAGACAAAAAGAGUUAUACAAGUUUUAUGAUGUCGAGCUUCUUAGUUAUAACAAUGAGCAGGACAAGGUGAUAGCCAUCAAUCAAUUAUCAAUUUGGUUAAACACUAUGACUCAUGUAGGACAAUACUAUUUUAUACCAUGGAACAUAGGCAAGCAUUGGAUGUUGAUUAUAGCAAUGACAUCGGGAAGAGUUGUAUUCUUAAACCCGCUUAAAUCUAAAAUCCCGUCAGACAUUGCUCAGAUGAUAAAGGCUGCAUAUGCAAAUAUUAGUUCAAAUGCUAUUGUAUUUGGCAAAAAUGGACCGGAGAUAUGGACCUUUGCUUGUCCAAAGCAACCAUACAAUUACGAAUGUGGUUACUAUGUACUAACUUACAUUCGUGAUAUGCUUCAACAUUCAAAUCCCAUUGAAGCCAUAAAAGCAAAAUUUGGCGGCCUAUCCCAAUAUUCUGAGGACGAUCAUCUCUUACCGCUUCGACAACAGUGGUUAAGUCAAUUGCUUCCCUUGAUAUAUAAAAAUUAACUAGUAGUCUUUUAUUGUAUUUUUUUAGACAAUGUGUAGUAUUUAAUUUAGAGAUUUAUGCAUAAUAUGUAAAGUGUUAUUUAGAAUUGAACUUACAAAUUAUUAUUGUUGUUAUUAAAAAUGAUAUUAAUCAUUUAUUUUAAAUUAAGUUUUUUUUAUA